UCUGCUUUCAAUUCAGCGCCGACCGGAUCUCUGCUGCACAGUGCGCAAUAUACACUCCUCCGUCAUCACUGUGGACUAGUUCAACCGCGGCGUAGACAAACAUACGAGGCGGAACUGGAUGUUAACUCUCAUAGUUUCCCAUGUGGCUGCCGGCAGACAGAACUUUACGCAGGGAAACAGCAGGUGAGUCUCCGAGGCUCCACCUGACGGAUCAUUCUGCUCGCUGGAUUUAAAACCAGCCUGUGGUCUCCUCCCAACUCCACUUGUUGACGUGGUGCCAACAGGCUAUCCCAGCAGCAUCCCCGCGGAGACACACUUAUGCGUAAUUUGGAUACAACCCUGUCUGACGGCAGAGCGGAGCAAGUUUGAACCUGUCGGGUUUUGGGGCAGAUGGAGGUGAUGUUUGGCGACCGGUAACACAUCGCGCGAUCUGAUCAUAUUACACGGGCUGCUGUCAGGUGAGGCGCGGCAUGGGGAACCAGAUGGACAAGCUGACACAUUUAAGUUACGCCGAAGUUCCCAUAGUGGACCCGAACGGCGUGGACACGGAGGAAGGUCCACGGAUCGGUGUCUCUUACAUAUUUUCUGACGACGACGACGAGCUGGAGGAUGGCUGCGCGGUCGAUGGCACGGAGAAGGACCCGAAUCAGGAAGAGAAACAUUACGACCAGCGCGACGAGGUGGAGUGCGCCGUCUACAACAGGGAUGAGUGCAUUUACGAGAAGAGCGUCAAGUCGGCUAACCUGGAGGUUUCCUCCCCUGAGAAUCUACUGAACAGAUGUAAAGCAGGUGACCUGGUGGAGUUUGUGGCCAUCGGUCAGUUCCCGCACUGGGCUGUGUACGUGGGGGACUUCCAGGUGGUCCACCUGCACAGAGCCGAGGUGAAAAACAGCUUUUUGACGGAUGCAAGUCAAGGGAGGAGGUGCAGGAUUGUGAACGAGUUGUAUAAAUUCAAAGCUCUGGGUCCGGACAUGGUGGUGCAGAACGCGAUGGAGCAAGUGGGCUUAAAGGACCGCGAGCUGAGCUGGAGGAACUCCGAGUGCUUUGCCGCCUGGUGCCGGUUCGGCAAGAGGGAGUUCAAAAUGGGCGGAGAGAUCCGGAUAGGCAAGCAGCCCUACAGGUUGAAAGUAGUGAUGUCCGACAAACACUCGCACAUGUUGGAGUUUCAGAGUUUGGAGGACAUGAUCAUGGAGAAGAGGAGGAACGAUCACCUGGGCAGGACAGCCGUGUUGCAGGAGCUGGCCACUCACUUCAGCAGCGUGGAGGAGAUCACAAGUGAGCCGGCCGCUGAGUGAUGGUGGCGCCUUCACCUGUUGGAUGCUUAGAGAAGCCUUUACCAAACAUGAACUGUUACAUCCGGCUAGCAAGCCUCGGCUCCUUCAUAUGAGUUGUAAUUGGAGCAGUCAUCAUUUCCACUCGGCCAUUGUCAUUGUAAUUAUGUUUGGACAUAAGUGUGUCUCAAUGUUAUUGCCUUAACGCCACAAUCAUCAACACCCUCAGAUGCUUAAUGGCCUUAGCAGUUUUGAAUGCAAUUUUAGGGGGGAAAAUGAAUGAAUUGAAUGAGUCGAUAGGCUUGUUUGUAGCUCACAGCCUGUAUAGACUGUCACUGUACACACUGUAGUGUUAUGAAAGCUUUACACAUCAAACUGUCACUACCUGUAAGUGGAUGCUUCUCUAUUCGUAGUGCGUCCCGUUCCUUGAUCCGUGUGUGGUUUCAUCCCACAGCUCUCAGACAGAAAUGUGUCAGAGCUGCUGGCUGAAUACAAUGGAUUCUUUCUGCCUUUUUUAGGGUCAAUUCUCACACCAGCACAUGUUGGAAUGGAUGUUGUGGCGCUGGUCUUGUGUUACAGUGAUCAAAGGCUGUCUCAACUGUACCCAAAGUUCAAGUAAACCAUGCCCCCUGAACUCUUUUUGAAGGGCUCCUCUUCAUGUUGUCUUUCUUCCAGUCAGGAGAACAUUAGCUGUGUGUUUAAAAAGCGCUUUCUGUCACCCUCAUGUGAUCUCCAAGUGUUUCUUAGAAAUAAGUGGAAUUUGCUGUUUGAAAAAAGUCACUGUCAUAAUUAUUAUGAUAUUGAGACACAAAGCGUAGUGUUUAGACCAGGUUCAUGGGUUAUAGCGAGAUAGUUGUGGUUCAAUCCUGGUUUUCAUGUCUCGCAAGAUGAACUCCCUUUUACCUGACGAAUCACCACUGGACCUGUAAGCUGCAGGCCGGGUCUCUCCAGAGCACUGCUUUCUGCCUUUUUCUCAGGUGAAGCAUAAUCAACAACUGUUUUGAUUAUCGCUAAUUGUUUUAGCCAUUUAAAAUGGGUUGUCUUUGGAGUUUUGGAUGUUGUCCGGGCAAAACAAGGUAUUUAAAAUCAUCAACUUUGUGAUUCUGGGAAAUUUUAAGACAUUUUAUGAAACUAAACCUUCAAGCGAAGCUAUCGUCGGAUUAAUUGAUGAUGAAAGCAAUUGAUAGUUUUAGCAGCAUUGUCACUGUUAUGAGGAACGAUGAUUUUCGGGGCUGACAGCUGACAAACUUUACUAAAUUAAUAAAUGGGACCUAAAGCAAUAAUCCUCAAAGGACCCAUCAUUUCUAGUUGCGGCCCUGCCCACAGGAUCCAGGUAUGGACAAAAUUAUUGCCUUCAAGUAAAAAGUGACGAGCAAUAACACAAAUAAUAACCCACUGAGUUUGAUGUUUGGAUGAAAACCUUUCACAGAGUGACAGAAAUGCUCCUUCAAGAUUGUUUGUUUGUAUCAGAACUAAAAUGAAUGUCUGCAGCAAUGUUUUCAACCAUCUGCCUGCCACCUCUGGUAUUAAACUAGAACCGACUAAACUAUCAAUUAACUCAAUUUGUCCUUUCAUAUGAUUUCUUGUAGAGUUCCAGACGGUAUUUUGUUCCCAGCCCUGAAAAGCACAAGGCAAAUAUUGUUACUUGUGUCUUUAUAGCCUCAAUGUGAUGAAAGAAUGUUGCAUCAAUGGAAAGAGUGCUCAUUGUGCCCUGAUGAUGGCAGUGAUAAGCUUAUUUCGUUAUCGCUGUAGAAGCCUCCACUAUCUGCAGUUCUACUCUUGCAUCAGAAACUGUUACAAUUCUCAGGUUAAUUUUUUUAUUAUAUUCAUUUAUUCUAAUAGUUUAUUCCCUUUAAGAGAAUGGAAAGGCUACUCCUCAGGAUAACAUUAAUUUCCAAUUCACUUUUUAUGUCAGUUCAGGUGAAAUGCUUGAAAAGAAAUCAUACGAAUAUUUUAAGGAAUUAAUUACAGUUUUUAAUGCAGAAACGACUGGAUUGUUGUACUAAAUUGUGAGCUACCGAAUGAGGAAGCCGUAAACCCGCAGCGUAAAACCUGCAGCAGUCUGACCUCCAGUUUCAAAUACGUCUGACUAUUGAACUUGACAUCAUCUAUGACGGGCUGUCAAAUCUCUAAAUAGACUUUCAUAAAGUACGUGCAGCAGCUUCUCUGUCUGCUGCAUUCUUCCUGCAGUUGCUCGGAUGUUGAAGGCAGUGCUAGAAUGAAAUUGGGACACGCUAAACUGGGACUCCUUUGGGUCUUGUUGAGUUGAGCGUUUCUGAAGUAUAGUAGACAAUUAUAUAUUGAACUAAAAUUUAUUUAACGAGACUGGAGUGCAGCUGUGCAGAUGUUACUGCUUUAGCUUCAUCAUCUCGUGUGUCGAGAGACUUCCUGUAUUCGAGGUGAACGUCAGAUAGCCGAGCUUCGUGUUGCAGGACUUGGUUUACCUUCAUGUCAGAGUGUGAAGACGCGAGGUUGGUGUCUGCUGUUUGUGUUUGUUUCUAGUUUCCAGAUGCAGUUUUGCUCAACAGUUCUUGUCUGCGACGUCUUCAAAUGGAGCGAUGUCGACUCAUGACCCCCCGUCACAGGUUCUGUCCUCAGAGUGAACAUGAGCAGUUUUCUUUCUCAAGUUGUUCCACUCAAAGGUCGAAAGAAGGUAUCUGACAAGAGGGAAAAGGUGUAAUUUGAGAAGCAAAAACACUUUCAUACCAACACUGUGAAAAAUCUUAUCGAGGCAUUUCUGUCUAGUGACAUCCUGAAUCCCUCAUUGUCUUAAAAGCAAGUCAAAUAAAGAUGAAGGUACUAUGAGGGUUUCCAUCUGUUUCCAAUUGAAAGCAGAAGUAAUUGUCUCAAGUUGUUGUCUUGAAACAACACAUAUAUAGUGUUGCUGCACUAGAAUGAAAAUGUUACUUUAUUUCUAACAAAUUUAUAGAACAAGUAGAAAUGUUUUCACUGCACUGGGAGAUGUUUUUCUUUAUUCUUUUAAUAAUGAUGUACCAAGGCAACUUACAACCCCUAAAUUAAUAUCAUAACGUGUAUUAAAUGCAUACAGACCAUU